GUACAUUGCUCAGUGUUUACUCAUUUCUUGCAUCACUAAGACAGUUCGAUUACAACUACAAGAUGAGACUCAUCUAUUUGGGCCUGGCGCUGUCAUAUCUUCUGGGUGUUGGGGCAGAUAUUGUACCUAUAUUUACUACAUCAACCGAACAGACGACAGCAGCUGAUGAAACACCCACUGUUGCCAACAACAUAGCUGACAAUGACAACAGUACUGUGCCAGUACUAGAGAUCACUGACUACCACUACAUGGACUGGCCAAAGAUCGGCUACCGGAUCUUCAUGAAGAAAAUCCUUGAUGCAUUUAGAACUCUUAAGUUCUUCAUGAACCUUGAUCCCAUGGUCUUGAAGAUUACACGAACUUACAUUCUAAACAAUGACACAGAUCUUGAUUUCUUGAAUAACAAUUCUUCAGAAAACAGCAACGAAACUUCUAUUGACACCAAUACUGAAUCCCCUCUGGCACUAGCAUUAUUCAGUUCAGAAGAGUCAGACAACAGUGAACUUUCUGACAAGAAAACAUCAGAGCAAUUGAAAGAAUCAAAGGUUGACGAUGUUAAAAAGACAAAGACUGAAACUGGAGGAUUUUUCAGUGGCUUGGCCAGCACAGUUUCUAGUGUCUACCAUACUCUUACUGACUGGUUCUAAACUACAGCUUGGUUCCAAUCAUAAUUAUUUUUUUUGUUUUUCUUAUUUUAGGAAAAAUCCCAGCAUCCAUUUUUAUUUAUUAUAAAAAGUAAAUUCAAAACUGUUUUAUCAUCAACCACAUUAAAAUAUAUAUAUUGA